GAAAUGAACUGUUAAAAACAGUAGAUUUGGCAACGUUGUCUAGUGAUUUCAUUCGGUGACGACGCAUGCGCAUUCGUUAUAAUAAAAGCUAUCCAACAAUUUUUAUUUAACAAAUACUUUAGAAAAUAAUAAAUUUAUUCAUAGAUCUGGGUAAUUUGGUGUGACGUGGACCCGAAAUUAACUCAGCUCAUAAUCACUCCUGCAAAAUGUAAUGCUGAACUUUUCACUACACUGCACGAGGAAAUUUCUCCGAUAAACUGUUGCUUUUUGCACAUUAAUCAAUUCCGUACAAGUAUUUCAUCGUUUUCGACUUUGGAAAUUCAGGGCCGCAUUGGGCACAAUUGGCGCAAUGUCCUCCAGGGGUCCGGAAACGGGGGAAGUGGUCCAAGCUCUCCCCGAGCUCGACACAARCACUUCGGAAAACUCCAUCAUUUCGACAAACCCCAUGAAAACUCAAGUAGUCCCUUUGGUCUACAUCCAAACACAGUCAAAACUUCCAUUUUCGUCCAUCAGCAAACCCAACAUGGUCAACACCCAACUCCAAUUCGCGACACUACCCAACAUCGUCAACAAAACCCCCCCAAACCAAGGAGUCAUUCUGACUCCGGUCAAGAACGUCCCAAAGGGCCAACAGUUGGUCAUUCACAAGCCCAGCAACAUGCAAACAGUGACAUUGUCAUCAGGGACGUAUCUGACAAUGAUAAAGCCCUUGACGAAACUAUCCGAGACGAAAUCUGAGCCGGGCAAAAAACUAAUGAUAGCACCCAUGCCCAAAGUGAUAAAAAAUCGCCUACCGGUGACCGUCACUACCAACACAUUGCAGCCGAAAAUCGCGUUUAUGCCUCUACUCCCCACAAAUAACGUUAAAGUCCAGGAGGAUUCGGGUAAAGAAGAUGAAACUAAUCUAGUUUGCGACGAGGUAAUUGAUUUAGACGGCCCGGUUAAGAGCGAGAAAGAAUACGAAUUGUCCAUAAUGGAGGAUUCGAAUUCGUUCAGUUUCGACGACAAGCGCAAAGAAAUUCCGAAAUUUUUCAAACACGGAAUUUCCAUCCUUAAAAAAAACCAUCAAGGGGACAAACCGCGCAAUUCCACAACUAAUACCAGUCAAAUUCUAGAUCCGGAUCCGGUUAAGUUGCAGAAAACUGAAAGGAGGAGAAAGUCGAAUUUUUCCUACAGGAAGGAUUACGACGACAUGGAGAUUGUGGAGAGCAAGGAGAAGUUUAAUCUGGAUCCGGAUGUGACUUUGACGAAGUUGGAAGAUGCGGAGCAUUUUGAUAAGGAGCAUGUCAAGGAUGAUUUUUUAGAGAUUGAAGUGAUCAAAGAGAAGAAAACGGACAUUAAUAUGAACGAUGAUUUUGAUUUGCAGAAGAUUCUCAAGUGGGAGGAAGGGAUCGGGACUUUGCCCGGAAGUGAUCUGAAGUUUAUAGUUAACGAAUUUAAUUUGAUCGAGUAUGUCACAACCGAAGAGUAUGAUAAGAUUAUUGAGAAGCGKCUGGCUAAAGCCARUAAGGUUAAAAACGAGUUCCAAGAGGACCUUCGUUGCGUCGAAUGCGGCUGUUACGGUCUCCCAUCCGAGUUCAUCACCUCAAAAUACUGCAGUUUGGACUGUCAAGAUGCCGGUAACAACAAACAAAUACGCGAUCGCGACUUAAAAAUCAAAAAGAAGAAGAAAAAAGGCGGUGGUUUCCCACUGAAGAAAGUCGAAUCGGAUCCUCUAAGCGGCAGCGACGACGAAACCUCAAAUGAAAAUUCACAAGACAAGUUUUCCUAUCCAUGGACUUGUUCGAAAAAGGGAUUUUCCUGGACGAAAUACCUCGAUCACAUCAAAGCCAAAGCCGCACCUGUGAAACUCUUCAGAGAUCCAUUUCCAUACAGUCGAAACGGAUUUCGGCCCGGAAUGAAACUCGAAGGGAUCGAUCCGCAACAUCCGUCGUAUUUUUGCGUCUUAUCRGUGGCGGAAAUCUGCGGAUAUCGAGUACGGUUGCACUUUGAUGGAUAUCCGGAAAAUUACGAUUUUUGGACCAAUGCGGAUAGUAUGAAUAUUUUCCCGGCUGGCUGGUGUGAGAAGCACGGACGGGGGUUACAAGCGCCACCUGGCUACACCAGCGAAAGCUUCAAUUGGGUGGGGUAUUUGAAGCAGACCAAGUCGACGGCAGCGCCCAAGCAUCUCUUCGCCAACAGAGCAGGAAAUGCGAUAUGCCCGAACGGAUUUCGCGUCGGUAUGAAACUCGAAGCCGUAGAUAAGAAGAACUCAUCAUUGGUGUGCGUAGCGACCGUCAAAGACAUGAUGGACAACCGAAUCCUCGUCCAUUUUGACAGUUGGGACGACAUUUACGAUUAUUGGGCUGAUCCAACGUCACCUUACAUACAUCCAGUCGGUUGGUGUGACCAAUACGGCCACAACUUGACACCACCYAAUGAUUACCCGAAUCCGGAGACUUUCUCCUGGGCCAAGUACCUGAAAGAGACUAAAGCGGUGGCAGCACCCGUGCGCGCGUUUAAACAACGUCCAGCUUGCGGUUUUAAACGGGGGAUGCGUUUAGAGUGUGUUGAUAAAAGAGUACCGCAGCUUAUCAGAGUGGCAACUGUCGAUGACGUCAGAGAUCAUCAAAUCAGGAUACAUUUUGAUGGGUGGCCCGAUAGGUAUAGUUAUUGGGUGGAUGCUGAUCACGAUGACAUACAUCCAGUGGGAUGGUGUCAAAAGACAGGUCACCCGAUUGAGACACCUUUAACACCUGAUGAUGUCUAUGACUUUCUCGAAUGUCCGACUGUGGGGUGUAGAGGAAUGGGGCAUAUACGAGGACCCAAAUUUGCUACCCAUUCCGAACAAAAGUAUUGUCCAUAUGCGGAAGAUAAUAUCGAUGUCGAUAGAGUUCUACCAGAUCGGUUAUUAACACCCGAUCGGUUAGUCGAGGCCGUGGUACCUGUAUCUAGAGAGCCGAGGGAUAAAAUAAAGCCGAGAUUGGGUCGACCUCCCAAAUAUCUGAAAUUAGAAAACAGCAUAAAAGAGCCGGAAGAAGAGGUGAAAAAACCGAAAAGGAAAUACCGGAAACGGUUAAAACGACAAGCGGAAGAAGAAGAGGAGCAACCUGAUUCGAAAAUUAGRAAAAUUGAGGGUUUCAUCGACGAGACGAAUGUYGAGCCUGCGGUUAAAGAAACCUGGGACAAGCAUAGUAGAUUUUUGCAGGAAUAUGUCGAAGAUGUUGGGAAUCCUUUACGUUGGAAUGUGAAUACGGUAGUUGAGUUUGUAUCAACUUUGCCAGGGUCGGAAAAUAAUAGUGAGCAAUUUCGAAAUUUUGAAAUAGACGGUGAAGCAUUCUUAUCGCUGAGUCAGAGGGACUUGAUUGACAUUUUAGACGUCAAAGUCGGUCCUGCGAUCAAAUUGUACAAUGUUAUCGUGUUGUUGAGACGGAAGGUGCGUCAGGUGUGCACAUAACGCUUUAUACUUUUAAAUUUACUUGUAAAUAUUUAUUAAAUAAAUGCGAUACGUUGUUAUUCCCUCA